AGGUCACGUGGAACAUGUAUCCCUUUGAACCUUGUCAGUUUCAAAUUUAUUCAGUGCAUUCAACCAAAAGCAGCCCUCUCUCCAAUCGCCCGUGCAAAAUGAAACUGUUUUUGUGUCUCCUGCUGCUUCUUGCACUCGUUCAACAAAUGAAUUGCCGUCGUCUCAGCCAACCGAUUGAAGUUGAAAAGGAGCUAUGUAUCGACAAUUGUAAAGCAGGUGAAACUUGUGUGAAUGGACUUGGAUGUCUUAGUAAAGAAGAGGUCCAAAUGAUGAUUGAUGAAUCCAAUAAGCCAAGAACUACUUAACUCUGUGUAUUUGAUUAUAAAGAUCUUUAUUUUGAA